AUGGAAAACACCCAGGAUAGCUUGGUGAUCUGCAGGUCGCCGCCGCUGGAGGCGCUGCUGUUCGACAUCGACGGCACGAUGUGCGUGUCGGACCCGUUCCACCACCGGGCCUUCUCGGAGCUGCUGCAGGGCGUCGGCUACAACGGCGGCGCCCCGAUCACGCCGGAGUUCGGCAUGAAGCACAUGGCGGGGCGCAGCAACGAGCAGAUCGGCCGCUUCCUGUUCCCGGACUGGCCGGCAGCCCGCCUCGACGCCUUCUUCGCCGAGAAGGAGGCCCUCUUCGCGCGGUACGCCCGCGAGGGCCUCCGGGAGGUGGCCGGGCUGCGCGCGCUGUGCCGGUGGGCGCGCGGCCGCGGGCUCAAGCUGGCCGCCGUCACCAACGCGCCCAGGGCUAACGCCGAGGUCAUGGUCGGGAUCCUGGGCCUGGCGGAGUUCUUUCCGGUCGUCGUCACCGGCGAGGAGUGCGGCGAGGGCCGGGCCAAGCCCGCGCCCGACGCGUACCUCCGCGCGCUGGAGCUUCUUGGCGCGAGCGCGGACCGGUCCGUCGUGUUCGAGGACUCCGUGAUCGGGAUCCAGGCCGGCGUCGCCGCGGGGAUGCCGGUCGUGGCUAUUGCCGGGGAGAGCCGGGAGGCCAGGGUCGUCGCCGCCGGCGCGUCGCUCGUCGUCAGGGACUACCUGGAUGCCAAGCUCUGGGCGGCGUUGGAUGGGGUUGACGCUGCUGCUGCUAACGGAGCUCCUCCCACGGUGGUCGAUGGGGAACGGAGCGUGGAGCCGGCGGCUGUUCCCGUGGAGAAUUGAGCUGGGAUUCCAUUUAUUUUUCUGCGAUGCAUGCUGCUGCUGCCGCCAUGGACUGCAGUUCAAAUUCGAUCUGAAAUCAGAAAACUGAAAGUAAAUCAUGCCCCGAAUUGAGAUUUAAACUUGCGUGAAACUG